AUGCUCCCAACGAAUCAGCCCAUCAAAGCGAUCCCUAGCCCAAAAAUUGCUAGUGAAGAUACUCCUGUAAUUAAUGUAGCAGAUAUAGCAGGCCACGGCGAACAGGCGAACACGGUUCGGACGUCGGCAACAACAGUGAUUAGAGCUGCCGCAGCCGACGAUAACGUCCUGGAGAUACCGGCGUCAACGUUAGAUAUCGGGAUGACAUGUGGCGCGCUGGCUCCAGACGUCGUCGAGGUUACCUGGACCAACUCAGGGGAAUUUACUGGUUUUUUAUACACACCAUGUCCCGACUGGUUAACGACACCCACGUCCACGCUCCCAUAUCAGAUGGCCACAUCACCUGCUCUAACGCCAAUGAACGUGCAUCAAGUCCCCAGCGGCGAUAGUGAGGCGCCAACUGAUGGUAGCUUUGCAUCACAGGACAUGCCGAAUCAGGAGGCGUUGACUGAAUAUAUGGGGAUUACAUGGGAUGACAACUCUCGGUAA